AUGUCAUGCGUGUUGGGCAAGAAAAUUUCCGAAAUUGUUUUGGCUCAAGAUUCUGGAGGCUUUUAUGGAGGGGACGAUGACCGAAAGCUUUGCCAAGAAGUUGGCGCCGAUGUGCCCGACGCAAUGCGAUUCUGCCCGGGUGGUGCACUGCGUAUUGCUUAUCCCAUCCCGUCCCAUCCUCUUCUUCACCCAAAUAAUUUAGAACCGUUACGAUACAUUCCACGCCAAAUAGGUUAUACCAUCCCGAGUUCUCUGAACUUUUUUACGAGGCUAACGGGAACUGUAGGAUGUAAAUUAAGGAUCUUAACUGCCAAUUUCGGUGCAACGACCAUUCGAAUAGCUAUAAAAACCAAAUGA